UCCACAAAGCUAACAUCGCACCACGUGGCAAGCACCCAUCAAACCUCGGACAAACGUGAAUAAAUAAACCAGUUUUUGCUCACUGAAAAAAAAAAAAGAAAACUUCCAGUUACCAACGCUGACAGCUCUUCACUGUUCCCCCUAUUAUGUAUUUUUAGCUCAAAGAAAUGUUUGCUUUUCUGUUAUCAAUGUUGAUGCGUAUUUGCUUCGAUUAAUGGCUUAUGUGUUCUUCGACAUUGGCUGAUUUCAGAAGCCGGGAUUGGGUUCUUUUCAUUGAAGAGUUUCUGUUAGGAUUGAGGAAUCAAUAGAGCCGAAUUACCGCCCAACUGCAGUGGUUUACUGUAAAGUUAGGAGGAAUAACGGGAUGGAACCUGUAUGCGAUUUUUGUCGAGGAGAAAGAGCAGUGGUUUACUGUAAAUCGGAUUCGGCUCGGCUUUGCUUGAGCUGUGAUGGGUGCGUUCACUCUGCAAAUUUGUUGUCACGUAGACACGUUCGUUCACUUUUGUGUGAGAAAUGCAAUUCUCAAUCUGCAGUUGUUAGGUGUUUGGAUGAGAAAUUGUCUCUUUGUCAGGAUUGUGAUGGUAAUGGCAAUGGUUGCUGGAGUUUGGGGCAUUGGCGAGAGGCCCUCAAUUCUUAUACGGAUUGUCCUUCUUUGGCUGAGUUUAGAAGAAUCUGGUCUUCGGUUCUUGGUGCUUCGUCUCCUGCUGUUUUUGAUGUUGAUUGGCCAGUCGGUGCUUCAGCUGCUAACGACAAUUGUUUCACUAACUGUUUGAAUCAAAUAGAUCAAGGGGGCUCAUUUGAACUGGCUGGUACAAAGUUAAAUGAACUAGAUUCAUGUCCUAAGCUAAAGCCUUGUAUGGUUUCAUCUUCUCUGAUAUCACCAAAUGCAAAUUACGUCCCUUACUGUAAAGAUGGAGAACCUGUUUUCUCAGAGGAGCCGAAUAUGCCAAAGGGUUAUUCUGACCUCAGAGAUUUCAAAGUUCCUGAUGGUGAUGACCUUUGUGAGGGCCUGAACAUCAAUGAUGCUCAAUUCAGCUUCGAAACUGCCAAUGAGAUAUUUGGUGGUUCACAAGGCCAAACUAGGUACCAGUUUGAGAAGGUUGGGACAGACUGCCUAAUUAUGGACAAAACUUUACCGGUAAUCGAAUCUAAUGGUCCUAGCAAGAACAUGUUAGAGGCAUUACCAUCGGGACAAAAGGAGUGCCAGCCUUUUCCAUCCCCUCAAGUUGGUUGCUCAGCUAGUAUGAUGGCUACCAUGAUUGGCACUUCUAAUUGCAUGCUUAUGAAUCCGGGUUGUAACCGAAACAUCAAUCUAGGAUAUCCUGUUGGCCAAGUUCCUUCAAACUUAGCUCCUUCACCAUCCAACAUUACAGUGAAAACUAGCCCUGCUGGAUUUCAAGACUGUGGAUUACCACCAGGUUUUCUAACCGGUGACUCCCAUUUCCAAAAUUUGGAAGUUAGUUGCCCACAAGCUAGGGAUAAAGCGAAGAUAAGAUACAAUGAAAAAAAGAAAACACGAAUAUUUGGUAAGCAAAUAAGAUAUGCCUCCCGAAAGGCUAGGGCUGACACUAGGAAACGUGUGAAAGGCAGAUUUGUGAAAGCAGGCGAAGAAUAUGAUUAUGAUCCUCUCGUUGCACGGAACUUCUAAGGCGAAUUAUGGAAUCAUGCCCCUGAUCAUGAAGGGUGUCCUUUCCUUGUACACUUACUCGACUUAAGCCUUCUCAAUUGUACUUACUAUUGCUGAUUUACUUGGUCUUUCUUGAUGAUGGAGAAUUGGCAGUAAACCUCCUUAGUGUAUGAAGGAAAAAUUAUGAAGGUACACACAUCAAGAAGUCCCAGCUGGCUUUGAAGAACGUUGAAGUAAAAAACCAUUGUUGCAGAUGAAAUGAUCUAUGAAGAAUGGUAAAAGGGAAAUUGCUUGAAGUAGCAGGGUCAGUAGCAGAAGCAAGUUGUUCCUCUCUUUAAGGCCUCUGAAGGAGAGAAAAAGUUUUUGAAAAAAAGGGAAGAGGAUAGUGUACCAUGUAUAUGCAGGAAAUAGAUAAUGUCGCAAUAUAAAACACUGUGAAGUUGUGAGGAAAAAGGAAAAUUAAAUGUAACCUCCCCAAAUUUUGUACUUUGAAUCAGUACAUAUGCUAUACAAUUAUUAUUAUUAUUAUUA